UUGAAAUUCAAUACGAAAGUGCCAAUUCCGGCAGAAAACGGAAGUACAUUUUUGUUGUGCUUCUUAUUAUUUUAUUUUGCUUAUUAUUUGUUUAUUUUUGUUGUUUCAAAUGAAAGUAACUUGUUGAACAUAAGUGCCAAGAAAGUUUUAGCAAAUUAAUAUUGAAAUUGGCAGUUUUGAAUGUUUUUUUUUGGAAUUGAACAUCUAAUAAGCAAUUCAUAAAGCUAUAGAUAUUAUGAACAUAGUCAAAGAUUAGAAUAAUGACGAAAAUUCAGCUAAAAUUCAAAGAACAAUGAAUCUUCAAAAAGGUAAACAAAAAUAGACGCAAAAGGUGAUGCGAAACAAUAGAACUUCUCUAAACCGAAUUGUGAGCGUUCAGUCGACAAAAGUCGUGUGGAAAAUAUUGCAAAGUAAUGUGACAUGAUGAUUUUCAUACAAUUUUUCGAGACCACCACAAAAUGUGUGACAUGUAUUACAACAAUAGCCAAUAGUAUGAAAAAAAUUGAAAACAUUGAAGGGAAUAAAAAUUUAAAGUAAAACAUAUAAAACUGAUAUUAUUCAACAAGAAAAAUGUUUAAUUUUUUUUGUUUUAUACAAGAAGAUAAAGUGAUAUAAAUAAUAGAAAGAAAAUUGGUUUAAAUGAUGAUCAAAAUGCUGAUAAUUAUUUUCAUUUUACUGGAAAUAUUAUCUUUCGCUAAAUCUGGCCAGGAAGAAAUUCUUCAUGAUGGAUUUGCUGAAAAAUUUGACAAUUUACCAUCAGAGACUAUAAAUUCACAAGAAUCAUUGUCAUUAUUGCAAUUUCAACCAUCAAUUUUAGAUUUCUUACAAAGGUCAAUUGGGGAUCCCCAUGACGAAAGAGUUUAUCUUUUUAACAAACAUAAACAUAAGAAAGUUUAUCUUGGGAGUAUAUCGGGAAGUUCAUCAUCUGAUUUCUACUCAUCAUAUUUUGAGGACAAAGUUAUCGGACCUGAAUCCAAUACGUCUUUCAAGAUUGUCUUUCUACCAAGACAGAUAGGUGAAACAAAUUCAUCCCUUAUUAUCCACACAUCCUUUGGAACGAUAAACUACCACGUUAAGGGUGUUGGAAUUGAGUGUCAAUAUCGACUACGACCAUUGAUUGGAAUAAAGCUGCCGAUAAAUUCGUCGAUAUCACCAGAAAUUCAAUUAUAUAAUCCUCAUGCAUUUCCACUACAGAUUUCGGAAAUCUAUAGUAGCGGAGGUGAAUUUCAGUUGGAACUUCCAACAAACACAACAAAUGGUGAUCAAGAAGGAGAUUAUAAGUUAUGGGAAAUUCCAAGUUUCACAUCAAAGCCGAUAAUUCGAAUACGAUUUAAUGCUUUUCGAACAGGUAAUCAUUCCGCAUAUGUGCGCAUAAAAAUUGCCUCCUCGCCACUGAUGAGUGAAGAGAAGAUGCUUGUCGUACCGAUAGAGAUAGAAGUCUACAAUAAAAGUGGUUUAUACAUACAAACGCCACUGCUGGAUUUCGGUAUGGUUGGAAAUAAUGAUGGUAUGCAUAGAUUUGUGUAUGAUCUACUAAAUUCUGGCCCACAAACAAUUAGUAUCAAAAACUGGGGUGUGGAAAGUGAAAACCAAAUAAUUAAAAGUUCCGAAUGUUUAAAAAUUGACGUUGUGCAGUUUAGGCAAAGGAACUUUACCGAUUACCUGACUGUCGAUGUAGAUUGGUCAAAAUGCUUUGACAUAUCUCACAUAAUUACGGGAUAUAUAUUCUUAGUUGCCGAUGGUCUCGACGAGGACAUUGAGGAUGUCAUUUAUCGAUUUCCAUUUUAUGGUCACAUCAUACAAGGAAAUCUAAGCUACAACGUAGAAAACUUGAAAUUUUCUCGCAAUGAUAAGAAAACAUACGAGAUAAUAAGACCAUUUGUUAUUAAAAACAAUUACAAUGUACCAUUGGCAAUAACAAAUAUUUCUGUACCUGAGAGUUGUUCUCGAUAUUUUAAGUUGAGCGGAUUUAAUCCAACAAUCCUACAACCAAAUACUUUCCUCAAUCUACUGGAUAUUCAGCCAAAUCAUGGACAACAUAUACCGUUCAAUGUGACGACAUUAGAGGAACAUUUUAGGAUUAUUACUAACGUUUCAGACUAUAGCAUUCCACUAUGGCUAUAUACGGGAUUAUUAAGACGAAUUGUUCCAGUAGAUUUUGCUCGUGAACGAUCACAGAUUGAUGAGAAAGCUCUAAAUUUCGGUGCACUGCUACCGGUUGGUAAGCAAACAGAAUUGCUUAUCGCAUUUGUAAAUGAGAAUCCAAUAGCGAUCGAGAUAACAAGUUGGAAGGGUGCUAUUACAAGCGGAAGUGGUCAAGCACAAUUGAGUACUAUUAAUCGAGGUUGCAGUAAAAUGUCACUCGAUAAUUUACUAUUUUGUAGUCCAUACGUACCGCCUGGUGAAUGGAUAGUCUUUUCAAUAAGCGUACAAUCAAAUGCUGUGGGAUCAUUUGGAGGAAAUUUUUUAUUAAAAACGCCAUUUGAGGAAAUCAAUACGCCUGUGAAAUUUUCAACAGCCAUGGGAAGGUUGGAACUUAAAAACAAGCUGACGUUUGAGGAUUGUUUUCCAGGAAAAAUUUGUGCAUUGGAAGUGCAAGCAUACUCAACAUUUAUGAAGAAAAUGUAUGUAGAGGGAAUAGCUGUUGAUAUGGAUGGAAUUUCCUACGAAUUUGCUGUAAAACAACCAAAUGAACUACCAAUUAUAAUGCCAAAUGUCGAUACGAAUAUUGGCAAAUUAUUUUUUAAUCCAAAAGAAGUGCUGUGUAAGAAACGAUCAACAUGCUAUACAAGUUUUGAUAUGCUAUCAAGACCGUAUGGUGAGAUGUGGAUGAGAUUGCUGAAAAACUUUACAGCUUAUACAAUAUGGGAUAAUGAAAAGCUCCAGGCUCAAUUGAAUAGUUUUAUUGAAAUUAAGCAGAACAUGAAGCAAAUGCAGUUUAGACUGACAACAUCACAGAUACGUCGAUAUGAGUUUAAUGCAUCAAUAGACUUUGUUUGGCCACGGUUGUUACAGACUAAUGUAGAGUUUCCAUUCUUUCAAGUCAACAAAUAUGAGACUCAAUUUAUAGAAGUGUUUAAUCCAUCCGAUCAGCUUCUAUUUGUACAUUUUGUGCUGCAUAAUAUAUCAUUUCAUGGUGAAAAUAUAAAAAUCCUAUCAGAUGCACUCAUAGAAUGUCCAACAUGUGUUUUAAGUAAAGACAAUCCAUUUUCAUUUAACGUCUCUAUGGACAAGGAUAUUUAUGUUGAGGAAAUAGCACCACGAUCAAGUCUUAAAUUAGGAAUAAAUUUUUUUGCACAAUCGCCUGGUACUUAUUCAACGCUACUCUACUUACGCAAUAAUCUUACUAUUGUUGAAGCUAGAUGGUUAACUGCUCAUGUGGUUGUUCCUCAAUUUAAGUUUGGAAAUCGUAAGCCAGGAAAUUCAACACCCUUACAAUUUGAGAUUAAUGAGAAGCACGUAAAGUUGUGUGAGAAAAAGACGUCAGCGAAUGUUUUAGUGUCGAGUAAAAGGACAUUUACGGCAAAAAAUUAUGGGGAAGUUCCGCUAUCGAUCUAUGGAAUGAGAAUAGAGAAUGAUUUAUGUGUAGGAUAUGGAUUCAAGGUUCUAAACUGCGAGCCAUUUCAACUUCAACCAAACGAAUCAAAAAAGAUAGAAAUUGGAUUCUCACCGGACUUUACACUGUCAAGAGUCGUUAGGACAUUAAAUUUUGACACAAGUAUCGGUUCUAAUGUAAAUUUUACUCUCAUUGGAACUGUAGCGACACAAGCAUUAGAGGUUUGUGGUAAAAAUAUUCAACGUCCAACGUGGGAAGCUGAUUUCAAAAGUAAAGUCAUGAUUGUACUAUGUGUUGCACUAGUUUUAGUUCUUAUCUCAGCUGUCAUAGAUUCUGAUAGAAUUCUCAAAGAGCAUGCAAAAGCUAUGACACGAGAGAGGGGAUCAAUUAAGGCACCAUUAGAUUUAAGGAGGAUAGGUAUUGAUAUGGUCGCUGGAAGUAUAACAUUCUCAUUUGGACCACCGACAACGACAUCACAAGAGCAGUUGAACAAUCUUAAUAACCACAAUGCCUCACUUAAUACCAUUAGGAAACGUUUAACGAUUACCAAAAAUUUAACAGAGCUACGUAAUAAAUUCAUGACAGCGACAAAGAAUGUGCAGAAUACUGACAGUCCCAAGCAACAAUCACCUAGACCAACAAAGUCUGAUGUUCCUAAAAACAAUAAGACUAAUAAUGAACAACAAAAUAAUGGAAAGGAAAAUAAAAAGUCAACUCUUCCAUCAACUGAAGAUGAUUCAGCAUCGUCCUCGUCAUCGUCAAAGGAAAACUGUGAUGCCAUAAAAAGUUUACAAAAGAAUGAAAUUCAAGACUCCUCAUCGACUAAAAAUAAGAAUAGUGGCAAAAAGUCAAAGAAUCAACUUAACAUCUCGGAUACAUCGAAAGAUCAAAAGAAUAAUCUUCAACAACAAAAGGUGGCAACCGUUAAACCAUUGAACAACAAUCAGAAUCAAGUCAAUCGCACUCAAGUAGCAAAUAAAGAGAAUAAUAAGAAUAAGUUGGCAACAGUGGUACCACAACCAUUGCAAACACCAGUCAAGCCUAUAACCGUUCAGAAAAAUCAAUCGCCGACAUUAAGUGUUCAUUCAAAUGAAGGAGGAUUAAAAGACACAAUCCAGCUCGGCAAUCAUCAAAAUGAGAAUAAUGUAUUUGUUGAUAGCAAUGAAUCACUUAACUCGAUCAAAAACGAAGCGCCGAAGCAGCCCAAUGCUAAGUACCCUAUCAAUAAUAGUAAUAACAAUAAUAAGAAUGCUGUACGUGAGAAAAAGAUGCCGAUGAAUCCUGUCCAGAUCCAGAAUAACAUUGUUCCAAAUAAUAAUAAUAAUGUAAAGAGAACUCCUGGAAAGGACAAUAAGCAGUUCAUAUUCAAGCAGAACUUUACUAAUAUUGGGAAGUUACCAAAUAACAAUAUGAUUAAUAAUAAUUCUAAUCAGACUCAACAGAAUUAUUUUGCAACAAAUUGGACUCCACCAGUUAGUAACAGCAUUUGGAGCAAUUCCAGUUAUAGUGAAGUUGUGGCUCAGCCAACAUUGGAACCAAAACCAAAUCUCAAUUUUCCAACUACACUCAAUGGAAAUUUGGGAUAUCGUCAUCAAGAAUUGGACUUUAACCGUAGCAAUUGCUUUAAUCGAGCAAAUGACUCGUGCGUUUUAGAACAAGAAGAUAAUAACUGUACACAAUAUGGACCGAUUGGAACGAGAAAGUCACCAUCGUCAACGCCCUCAUGGGAAUGGGAACCACUGAAUACUGGAUUGAAUCAACAUUUGUCAAAGCCUCUUGCUUUUAAUGGAACCAACUAUUUCAAUCCACAACAAAAUUUUGGGAUUCAGCAAUCGAAAUUGAUGAAUUUGAUGAGUUAUAAUGAUAAGAUCCAGCAGCAGCAGCAGCAACAACAACAACAAAUGCAACAGCAACAAAUUCAACAACAGCAGCAUCAACAAUCUAUGGAUGAACGGUACCAAUACAUAAUGAAAAUGAAAGAACGUAAGCAGACAGAAUGGUUAAAUACAGUUGGAAACUCAUCGGCUGAGGCAUCAACAUCAAGCUUAUGGUCUGGUUCAACAAAUUGGGCUUCUCCAUCCCCACCAUUAAGCGUACCACCAGGAUUCGAACAACAAUUUCAUCAACAGCAACAAGGCAUACAAAAUUCUCAGCCGAUACAGAAUAUUAACGGUAAUAAUAACGGCAAUAGCAACAAUCAGCAGUCAUCUAUUCCUGCUUAUGAUUUGUUCAAAUCAUUGAGUGUCAUUUGGGAGCCAAAUCGCAAUGACGGUAAUGAACGUGAGACACGCAAUCAAUAAAAUAAAUCACAUGAAUUAAAUGUUCAGUUUUUAUUUCAUUUUUGCGUUUCCAUUGCACAAUUUAAUUGAUUGACUUGAGAGAUUCAAUUUUUAUUAUCAACAAAUAAUAACAAUAUUUGAUUACUUUUGACAUUAUGGACCUCUAUUAUUUUACAAUUUUUUGAGAGUUCUAGUUGUUGAUUAUGAUUCUUAAUGUUAAUUUGAAUGCCACAAGAUGUUUACAAAAAAAAAAUGGGUGUUUUGAAUUUUAUUUAAAAUAAAUGAGCAAAAUCUAAUGCAAUGCAGAGAAAAUU